ACAUUUUGAUUGAUAAUUAAUUUUAAAUUGUCAAAUUUUGGUCAGGGUUAAAGAUGACGAGCAUCACAGUUUUCGAUAAAAAAAUAUAAAUUUCGUGUUUUUUAUCAGCACAAUGACUGUUUGGCGAAAAUUAGAAAAUGAAGAAUGCUAUGCCGUUGCAAUAUACAAUUUCACAAGCAAAUCCCAGUCGCAUCUCCCUUUGGAAGUGGGCGAGCUCAUUCAUCUCGAAGGUGAAACGGAAGAGUGGUAUUGCGGUCAGAGUCUCCGGAGGGACCUCAAAGGCGCCUUCCCAAAAAGUUAUGUCGUCAAGAGGGAUUGCGUUGUUGACAGAUGCAGCGAAAGUGUAGUGGCUUCAGCUGGCGGCUAUGGCGUCGUUCACGAUAUCGCGGUGACAUUGCGAGACUGGUUAGAACAAUGGAAGAACUUGUAUAUUAAUAAUGAUGAACGUUUUAAAUUUAUGGAAGUAAGUAUGCGUGCGUUAUUAGAGCUAAGAGCUCAGGCCGCCAGCGGAGCGCUUCCUCAAGACCAGCUGCGAAGAGUCGCCAGGACAUCUGUAUUCACUAUCGACAGGGGAAAUAGGACGCUAGAUAUGGAGUUGGCGGUGAGGAAUUCAAACGGUCAACUCGUCGAUCCGCUGAAGAUGUCGACGUACCGUUUGAACGCAUUACACGACGAGGCCAACACUCGUAUCGAUAAAAACAUGGAAACGACGCCGGUAACACCGAACGUUACUCCGGCCGGAGUGAGGACGUUCACGGUUUGCGUCCGAGUGCACAACUUCGUGUGUCGAGUGGCGGACGUGGCCGAGCUGUCGCUGUCCUUGCACGACGCGGCCGGGAACAAGUUGACUGAACAUCUCCUGAUAAGAUGGCCCACGCCAAAUUUCGCGACCACCAAUGUCGUCUUCACGGAUUUCGGCAGUGACUUCAUGAAGAACGAGAAAGUGUAUUUAGUGUGUCACGUCGUGAGAAUAGGGUCGAUGGACGCUCAAAAUGUUGAUCACAGGCGCAGUUCAGUGGCCCAGCCGGUGUCGAUGAGCACGUCGGCCGGCGCGAUGCGGAGGCCGUUCGGCGUGGCCUGCGCCGACAUCAAGCGCCACCUCACGUCUGAUAACCCUGACAAGCACAUACAAGUGCCUUUUUACGCAUACGAAAAAGAGAAUUUAGAUGCUCUGCUGAAGAAGGUGAUGGCCAACCGGGAGUUGAAGGACGCCAAGCACUCGCAAGGACUCUGGGUCUCCAUACAUCUAGUUGAAGGUGAUUUAAAACAGAUCCGCGAAGAGAAUCCGCACAUAGUGGUGAACACGGUGGUGGCACGGAAGAUGGGCUUCCCCGAAGUGAUACUGCCGGGGGACGCGCGCAACGACCUCUACGUGACCCUCUGCUCCGGCUCGUUCUCCAAGGGUGGCGGGAAGUCUUCGGAGAGGAACAUCGAGCUGGUGGCCAGGGUUGUUGAUCAACACGGGAGAACCAUACCGGGUGUGAUUUCGAUUGGAGCUGGCGUACCGUUAGCUAACGAGUACACUUCGCUUGUGUACUACCAUGACGACAGGCCGCGAUGGCAGGAAGUGUUUAAGGUGUGUCUGAACAUUGAGGAGUUCAAAGACGCUCACCUGGUGUUCCUGUGCAGACACCGGAGCUCGAACGAAGCCAAGGACCGGGCGGAGAGGCAUUUCGCGUUAGCCUUCCUCAGGCUCAUGCAGCGCGAAGGGACCACGACGCCCGACACCAACCACAACCUGUGCGUUUACAAAAUUGACAACAAAAGGUCGAACCCCGCCGAGGUGGAGAAAGAAGCGGCCGCGGUCUGCCUGGGGCUGCCUUCGAAACGGGACGAGCUCCCGGCCGGCGCCGAGCGGGGCCUGACCCGCGGCGUGCUGUCCCUCAUACACCGGGACACGCUCACCGUCGCCACCAAGCUGUGCUCCACUAAACUGACGCAGAAAGAGGAAAUCCUCGGUGUUCUGAAAUGGAGCACGCAUCGGACGCCUGGGACAUUGCGGCCGGCCUUGACCCAGCUGCUCCACGUCCCGAGCGAAGAGCUGGUCAAGUUCCUCCAGGACAUACUGGACACGUUGUUCAGCAUACUGACGCAGGUCGAAGAAGACCAAGAAUAUUAUUCGGACAAGAGCUACGGCGUUCUAGUGUUUGAAUGCCUGCUGAGGGUCAUAUCGCUGGUCGCCGAUCACAAGUACCAGCAUUUCCAGCCAGUUCUGCACGUUUACAUAGACGAGAGCUUCUGCGACGCUUUGGCUUACGAGUCCCUGAUAACGGUGAUGGUGUGGGUGAUCCGGACCGCGAACAGCAGCGAGGCGGCCGUCAAGCGCCUGCUGGUCUGCAUGAAGUGCGUCGAGAGUCUGCUGCGGCUGGUGGUGCGCUCAAGGCAACUCCGCAGCGCUCUGGGCGACAGCGCUGCUGACGACGGCUUCAAGGCGCUAUUCGAUACGCUUCUAGAAGCGCUAGUGUGGCUGAUGCGGUGCGGCGAGCACGUGCUCACGUGUCAGGGAUCCGCGCUGAAGUACUUCCCGCACGCGGUGCCGCACAUCAUCAAAGUGUACCCGGACACAGAGCUCUGCGCAUACAUAAUCCGUGCAUUGGAUGCGUUGCCCCUUUGUCGUCUCGGCACUCAAAGGAUGCUGGCGUUACUAGAGUUGGUCCGUGGACCACUGUGCGCCGCGCCGGCUGCCAGAGCUUUGCUGCUGCCGCAUCUCGCAGCCACACUUCGAGCUUUGUUGAGGGAUAAAGCCGAGUGGUACCGCGAGACGGCGCUCAAGUUGCGAUUGGUUGGCAAGGCAGCGAGACUCCUAGGCGAGGACACUGCGAAACUACACGAUCCAACGCAUCACCAGCAAAUCGUGGAACUCUGCGUGGAAACCUUAGGCGAGGUGUUGACGCUACUCGCUCGCGAUGACGUGGGGCCCGUCGAGAAUGAUCGAGCGGAAUUAGCUAGAAGACUACUGCCCACAGUGCUGAAAACGGCCACCGUGAUGAUCCAAGAGAGGGGGACCGAGGAACAUCCUAGUUCGUCCAAUGAGAACAUUGUUCGACGAAUAGUUUCGGUACUGGUCGACAUGGUGCGACAAAUGUCCGAAGAUCAGUAUUCUAUGGUGGUGAAAGCGCUUGAAGUGGAAAAUGCCGGCGGAUCGGGCUCCCUAGUCGACGACGCGCUGGGCCUGAUAGUGAUGUUGGUUCAGCGACCGGUGUUCAGACCGCACUGGGCGGAUAUGCUACAUCUACAGCAUUACGUGAUGCUUCAUGCUCUGAGGCUGCUGUCAACGACCAUUCAAGACCGCCUCAACACGGCCGAAGACACGGAGUCACUGGCCAAAGUCCGCGCACAAUGCAAGGCCUGGUUCAGUGCCGGGGCGGCCCUGGGCACGUCGGCGCCUCUCCAGCUCGAGACCUUGACCGCAGCGAGGAAACAACGCGUCAAGCAACUGUACGGGGACAUAAGAAGGGGCUUAGCGCAAUGCCUCAGCGACAUGUGGUACAGCUUGGGCGAACACAAGCGCUCCUUCAUACCGUGCCUCGUCACUCCGUUCCUCGAAGUCAGUUUCUUACGCGACGACGAAGUCAGGAACACUACAAUACCGAUAUUCUUUGACAUGAUGCAAACAGAAUACAACCACAGUGUUGCCGGAGGAGAGAAAGAGAACUACUUGAAGGAGCUAGAGAGCGAGCUGAUCGACAAGCUAGACGUGCUGGUGGAGCGGGGGUGCGGCGACCUGCAGUGGCGGGGGCGGUUCGUGACGUCAUGCGGCGCGCGGUGCGACGCGGCGGCGGGCGCGCUGCGGGCGUGCGGGCUGGCGCUGGUGGCGGCGGCGGCGCGCCAGCUCGACACGCUGCUGCAGUACCGGGCGGCCGCGCUGCGCUCCCCGACGCCGCACCGCAUGCACCUCACCACCACCGUGCUGCACUUCUACCAGGAGAUCGAGCGCCCGCACAUGUACAUACGGUACGUCCACAAGCUGGCCAGCAUGUACCGCGCGGCCCAGCAGUGGACCGAGGCUGGGCUCACGCUGCGGCUGCACGCGAAGCUGUUGUCCUGGAGCCACGACCCGCUCCCGCCCAGACUGCGCCAUCCCACGCUCAACCACGACGACCACACGACACAUAGAGAGCUAAAGGAACAUCUCUAUUUUGAAAUAGCUGAGCUCUUGAAACGCGGCGGUCUCUGGGAGCUGGCGGUCGAUAUAGUCAAAGAGCUCGUAUCGGUUUACGAAGAGGAAGCUCUCGGCUACGGGCCGCUGGCCGAACUGCACAGUCAGCUGGCGGAGUUCUACGCUUCGAUGCUGCAGUCCCGGAGGUCGCAUCCGGGAUACUUCAGGGUCAUAUAUCACGGGAAGGGAUUCCCCGAGAUAUUAAGGAAACCAUUGGGCUGCCUCAGCACGAUACCGUCGCAGGGCUUCAUAUACCGCGGCAACGAGUACGAGCAACUCCAGGAGUUCAUCGAGAGGAUGCUGGACGAGUGGCCCGACGCGGAAGUGUUGCCGCGCCUGGACCCGCCCGGCGAGGAUAUCACGGAAUCCGAAGGACAAUAUCUUCAAAUAAAUGCUGUAGAUCCGAUAAUGAGCGAUAAGCUCAAACGUUUGUCGGGCAAACCGGUCGCCGAACAGAUCCUGCAGUACUACAAGCACAACGACGUCGACAAGUUCUAUUUCUCGCGACCCUUCGACCGGCCUGAGGAGUCGUUGAGCGACUCGACUGAAGAUUUGAAUAAGAAUGAGUUCGCGAGACGUUGGCUCGAAAGGACUGAACUAGAGAUAAGCGACAAAUUGCCCGGCAUCCUGCGUUGGUUCCCGGUGGUCAAGCAACGCACGUACUGGGUCUCGCCCAUCGAGGUCGCGGUCGAGUCGUUGCGCCAAACGAAUAGGACCCUUAAGUCUGUAGCGUUUGAGGCCAGGAACCCCGACACACCCCUCAAUCCGCUCACAAUGCGAUUAUUGGGUAUCCUCGACUCGGCCGUGCAAGGUGGCAUAGUGAACUACGAGAACUCGUUCCUGACCCCGGCCUAUGAGAGCCGACACCCGGAGCACGCGGCCCUGCUCGUCGAGCUCAAAGAUUUGAUCGCCGACCAAAUACCGCUGCUCAAGUUCGGCUUAGAUGUUCACGCCAGCCGAGCUCCGCCCGCGCAAGAAGAGAUGCACGCGCAUCUCAUGGAACGAUUUCGAACCGUACAGAAGCACGUGCACCAGAGAUACGGGAGGAAGACUUGCGACUUUGAAACGGAAUCGCAAGAAGUUCAACUUCGGAUAACUCUGAGAAACAGCCUGCACACGGACACCACGAGUACAGUCACCAACAAUCGUAUGUCCGACAUAUCAACCGGAAACGACGUUUCGUCUAAGAGUCCCGGUAGAUUCACCAGUUUCAACAGCGCUAUAAACCAGUUCGCCAGGAAUAGCAGUGGCGGCGUUGCAAACUAUCUUGGCACCCUACAGAAUCCACCGAAGAAACGUAGUAAAGCACGAGCCGGAAGAAAGAGCGAAGUUGGAACUCAAUCGAGCGGCUCCCAAAGCCACUUCUACACUUCGCACGCGACGGUCAAUGGCAACGACGCGCGGUCUCUAUCCCACAAUAGCGGCGUGUGCAACACCCCUAACAGCGUGACGUCAUUGAACGAGACCCCGAUGAUGUCGACGCUACGCGAACUGCGGCAAGAGGACGUUUUACAGCUGGUCACCGAGCGACCGCUCCGUGCCGAGGUCGAACGCGAGAAGAGACUGUCCCAACGGGCAAGUCUUUUGACCACUUCUUCCGCACCGCCUUCCAACAGAGACUCGAUUGGCACGACCGAUUCGAACCAGGACGAAGAGCUGCCACCGCCUUUGCCAAUGAAAUCCCACCGAAGCAUGGAAUUGGACAAUGACAGUAACAAUAACGCCGAUCCGACACCAUUGCCGGUCCGCCACAACUACGACACGGUUCUUGCGCCGCGAGGAUCAUUCCUGUACAACUCGAUCGUGCACAGAAGGAACACGAAUGUAGAGAAGGCGCCGACGCCCCCACCUAAGAAACGUAAUGCUCAAUGAGGAAUAACUUAUAUUGUUGUCUAGUUUAAAGGAAAAUACCUCUUAAAUAUAACUAGGUGAGGUUUAAUUUACUUCCCCGCUGUAGGGUAUUCUGAGAAUACUUCCUCGGAAUUUCAUGUACAGGGUGUUAUGAAAUCAUGUCUCACUUAAUAAAACCUGAUAAUACAUGAUCAAUUUAUUAAACCAACCGUAAAGACUUGUCCGUUCUAACCAUAAUCAUGUUUUUUUUUCGGAACGGCAAUGUAAUACGUAAAUUAUAGUAUCCAUUGCGUGCUAUAAAAAAAAUAGCGUUUCGUAAUCAUAUUUUAAAAGGCCGAUCUGUCUUUGUUUUUUCAUAUCCAAUUCUUUGUAUGACUGUCUCAAAUACUGUUUUCAAGUUGUAACUAAUAGGUGAAUAGUUGGUUAUCUAUUAUUACUGCUUAGGUACUGUGAAUUAUUGUUGAGUAAUUCCUUAAUGAAUAGAUACAUAUAUAAUUCAUUUCAUAUAUUAAGGAAAUAACUGAUUUUUAAGAUCCUGGUCAGGGUAAUGGGAAGAACUAAAUUAUUAAGCUAAAUAGUUGUAUUGUCAUCGGUCCCUAAUAAGUCUGCCAAAUUUGGAAUUCAAUUCAGUGAAAAUCGCGUUCAAAGAUUCCAAACUCACAUACAGCGUGUUACCAAAUGAAAUUUUUGUCUCAAAAAUUUACUUAAAUAAAUCUGAUUGGAUGAUAAUAGUAUUCGUUAUAUCUACAUGUUAAAUUGAAAUUGUCUAACGGGUUCUUACUUCGACUUAAAUUUUAGUGAGUAGAUAUUUAAGGGGUGUUUGCAAAGCAGACAUGCUUUCCGUUGCAGUCAUUGUUCUACACAGUCGAGAUUACGACCUCACAUCCCAAAGUCUUCCUUCCUUUAGUGGGUCGUGAGCUUAUCCAUCACGGAAAUAAAAUAUGUUAAUAUUAUAUUACUGGACCACAUAUUUUUUCAUGGACAACAGUUUACCUGAACAAUGAAGAUAGGCAUUCCUUUUAUUUAAUUUAGACGUUGAAAAAAUUGUUUUCGCUGCCAUAAAUAAAAGACCAAAAAGAAAUUCGAUAAAUUCACUUUAGAAAAAAAACACUAGAAAAUAAUUAUUUAGAGAGAGAUUUAUUUAUAUAUUUUGUAGCGUUUUAUGGAGAGUAUUGUUAUUUUAUUUUUAGAUUUAUUUUAGCGGAGGUGUCUUAUUCAGUUAGUUUAAUAGCGUUCCGUUUUUAUGUUACAUUUGAAUCUAAUGACUAACACAGAUUAGAACAUUAAUAAUUGAAGACGUGAGUGGAUGAAGGGGUUAAGUAUAAUUUUUAAGAUUUUUACAUUGAAUGAAGGUAUUAUGUGCCUGUAAACCAUAUUAGACCUUAAAACUCUGCGUUUAAAGUCUAUUUUUAAAAAUUGCAUUUGAUGAAGGAGUUAUAUACGAAGAAAGAGUACAAGUAACAAAAGCUUGUUGCCCGUUUUCUCAAAAUUAACAAAUUGUAUCAUAUCCCCUUGAUCCAGUCAUGUCUUCAAUUCACAUUACUUAUAAUUAUUAGUUCAUAUUUAUCCGGUUCGCGUGGUAUUCAAAUAGAUUUAAUUCAAAAGUAACUUUAUUAUAAGUCACAUGCUUUGUACAAUAUGUAUAAUUAUUUGGUUUCACUAUUAUAACACUAUUAUAUUAAAUGUUAAGUAAUCUAAACUUUACGUGUCAGUAAUUAUGGUCGGAAUUCGAAUUAAAAAAAAUAUAUAUCAACAUUUUACGUCAAGCAAAAUUUAACCCACACAAAUCGUGAUGAGAGCGAUGUUCGAAAUUAAUUAAAUCCGGCCAUACGUUUAGUGUCAAUAGUGUCUAAAUAAAAAUACACUUUCGCAAUUGAUAUUAAGAUGUGAUAUUACGCCGUGUGACUGUUGAAUGGCACAAAUUAAUAACUUAUUACGUAAAUAAGACGAAGUAAAAAAAAAGAUAUUAAUUAAUAAUUAUAUAAUCAUAAUAAUUAAUUAAUAUUAUUUUGAACAUUAAAUAAAACCCUAUCGAUGAAAUAGAAUGCGAUUUAACUUAUUUCCACCGCAAACCAGAAUCGAUGGGACCAUAUGUGUACGUAACGUGACGAUAUUUCGUCAAUUGAAAUGUUUAUUGAUAAUGCAACAAUUACAUGGGGAUAUACCUAGAGAAUUCAAUAGAUAGAACUAUAAAAGACGAGUGAAAUGAAAGCAUUUAAAAUAAAGUUUAAUUAAAGAAAAUAGUACAUACAUUGAACUGUGAAUGUGAAGAAGAAAAUACGCGCGUUUUAUUAAAAAUUUUAAAUAGUUCAUUAGAAUCAUUUACGUAACUUAGUCCGAAAGUGAUUUACUGAAAUCAUUCGAAAAAUACAAGCGAAUCGAUUAAUUUCGAAAUAUCGAUACUUGUUAUCGAUUUUCGGUUCGAAAACCCAAAUUUUUUAAAAAAAAUCGCGCGUUUUAUUAUAAAUUUUAAAUAGUUCAUUAGAAUCAUUUACGUAACUUCAUCCGAAAGUGAUUUAUUGAAAUCAUUUGAAAACUACAAGUGAAUCGAUUAAUUUCGAAAUAUCGAUACUUUUUAUCGAUUUUCAAUUCGAAAAUCCACAUUUUUCUUUUUUGUUCAAAACUACAUUUUUUUUCUUAAAAUGUACAUUAUAUAUUAGGAGCUGUAGAUACUCUUAGUGUAAUGUAAAUAAGACAGAUAAAUGAAAAUUAAUAAGAUAGUAAAUAGUUUUAGGGACGUGGAAAUUUUAAUAUUUCCAAAGUUACCUUAUACAUAUAUUAUUUUUUUGAAUAGAGAACAUUAGCGGCCAUAUGCAAAACCAAAAUUUAUGAGAACCGUUGUUUAUAUUAUAUUUACAAUGUAAAUUGUUUAGUAUUAUUGACGUUGUGUAAGCACGCACAAUGUCCGGCAAUUAUUGUGUAAUAAAUCACUUUAUUAGAACAGUG